AUGGUGGAUUCAUCAAAGAUCAUUAUUAUGCUAAUUCUGAUUCUUAAAAUAAAUGUUUUCUUCUUCCCAAGGUGGGCAGCUGCGACAAACCAAAAGGUCUUCAGAGAAUAUAUAGGAGCUGAAGACAAGAAUGUAAGUUUUUGGGACAUACCAAUUAACCCAGAAACUGAUUUUCAUUUCAUUCUUUCCUUUGCCAUUGACUACACAAACUCUUUAAUUGCUUAUCCUACAAAUGGAAACUUUCGAGUUUACUGGGACGAACAAAAUCUCAACCCAUCUCAUGUUUCAUCCAUCAAAUCCAAACAUCCAAAUGUUAAGGUAGCUUUAAGUUUGGGAGGAGAUACAAUUAAUGAUGGCCAGUUUGUCUACUUCAAUCCUACAUCAAUUACUUCAUGGGUUGAAAAUGCUAUCUAUUCAAUAUCUUCUAUAGUAAAAGAGUAUCAUUUGGACGGCAUUGACAUUGAUUAUGAACAUUUCAUGAGUAGUACAGAUCCAAAUACAUUUGCUGAGUGUAUUGGACAACUAUUAGUCCACCUCAAACAACAUGACAUCAUCUCAUUUGCAUCGAUAGCACCAUAUCAGGAUGACACCAUUCAAGAAUACUACGGGACCCUUUGGAGAAGAUAUGGAGAUCUUAUUGAUUAUGUAAACUUCCAGUUUUAUGCGUACGAGAAAGGGACAAAUGUUUCUCAGUUCAUGACGUAUUUUGAGACUCAAAGUAAAAUUUAUCAAGGGAGUAAUCUUCUGGUUAGCUUUGGAACUGAUGAUGAUAGCGGUGGUUUGAAGCCUGAAAAUGGAUUUUUUGUGGCCUGCAAUAUGCUCAAGAAUCAAGGUAAACUACAUGGAAUUUUUAUUUGGUCUGCAGAUGAUUCCAAGAAGGAUUGUUUCCGUUAUGAGGAGCAAGCACAAAUCCUUCUUGUCAAUUAA